AUGGAAUUUUAUAUAUUCCGAUUAUUUUGUUUUGUUGUCGUCGCAGUUUUCAUCUUCCACGACUCGUGUUAUUCCGAUAAAGCUGGUUAUUAUAGUUUUAUGAAAGAUGCAACAAUAGCACCAAAGUUGUCUCACUUCGACUAUAUAGUCAUCGGAGGAGGAACCGCCGGAUGUGCACUAGCCGCAACGCUUUCUCAAAACGCUACCAUUUUAGUACUAGAACGCGGUGGUUCCCCUUACGACAACCCAACGGCCACAGACAUCAACAACUUCGUAAACACACUCUUGAACAUAACUCCAAACUCUUGGACGCAGCUAUUCAUCUCCCAAGACGGUGUAUUCAACUCACGCGCUCGCGUUCUCGGCGGAGGCACGGUGAUAAACGCGGGGUUCUACUCGCGUGCUGAAGAUGACUUCGUGGCGGAAGCAGGAUGGGACAGUGACGAGGUCGAAGCGGCUUACGAGUGGGUCGAGAAGAAAGUGGUGUUCCAGCCCAAGGUUAAGGGAUGGCAAUCGGCGUUUAGAGACGGGCUUUUGGAAGCUGGAGUCACUCCGUACAAUGGUUUUACUUACGAACAUAUUUACGGUACGAAAAUUGGCGGUACGAUCAUUGACGAGAAUGGUCGGAGACACACGGCGGCGAAUUUGUUGGAGUAUGCUAAUCCGAAUAAGAUUGCUGUCUACUUGCAUGCUUCUGUUCAUAAGAUCCUCUUCACUACCAAAGAAAGUCCAAAGCCUAAAGCCAAAGGGGUCAUAUUCCGAGAUGCAAACGGAGUGUUCCACACAGCCAAACUAGUGGAUCAGGACGCAAUGAACGAGGUGAUCUUAUCAGCGGGUGCAAUCGCAAGCCCGCAACUAUUGAUGUUGAGUGGUGUAGGUCCAAGAUCCCAUCUUGCAGCCCAUGGAGUGAAUCCAAUUAUCCUAGAUCACCCCAUGGUGGGAAAAGGAAUGGGUGAUAACCCCAUGAACCCUGUUUUAGUCCUUUCACCUAAACCUGUAGAAGUGUCCCUUGUCCAAAUCGCGGGAAUCCCACAUUUUGGUAGUUAUAUUGAAGGUUUAAGUGGGUUAAGUCUCUCUAUUAGUUUGACCCAUAGCUUCUUUAAUGGUGUUCUAAAUCUUCUCAAUGAGAUAAAACUCCCUACCAAAACCCUCUCGAACUUUUUCAAAUCUUUGGACUUUCGAUUCAACGUGACGGCACAAGCGGGUGGGAUGGUUAUGAAAGUAUAUGGACCGCUCUCGCGAGGUCACUUGGAGCUGCGGAACACGAAUCCAGAUGAUAAUCCUUCAGUGACAUUCAACUACUACCAAGAGCCAGAGGAUUUGAACAAUUGUGUUAAAGGACUUAGUGCGUUGAUUAAAGUGAUAGAUUCGAAGGGAUACUCCAAGUAUAAAUUCCCUGGAGUGACCGGACGUGGACUGUUGGAUCUCAUUCUUCUCCUUCCCAACAAUUUGAGGCCAAGACACAUAACCUCGACGUUCGACUUGAAACAGUUUUGUAAAGACACAGUGAUGACUCUUUAUCAUUACCAUGGAGGUUGUCAAGUUGGAAAAGUGGUGGACAAUGAUUACAAAGUAUUAGGGAUUGAUGGUUUGAGGGUCAUUGAUGCAUCCACAUUUCUUAAGACCCCGGGGACUAAUCCUCAAGCCACGAUCAUGAUGCUCGGAAGGUAUAUGGGGCAGAAGAUUCUCCGAGAGAGGGCGGCUUCUCAGGGAAAUGAAGAAGAAACAACAAAAAUCGAAUUGUAGAAGUUCUCAAUAAGAUAAUCCAUGGAAGAAAGUAAAAAAUGAAGCGAUGAGCUCGAUAAUUACAAAUAUACUUAUGCAAGAAGAGAUCUUUCUCAUUAGUGACCAGUUAUAUAUGUACACUUGUUCAUAUAUAUGAU